GCAGCAUUGUUAUCUUAAGACACUCAUCUGGUGUCUGAGUCUGCAGGUGACACAGCUUAGGUGCGGAGCGGGAGUCAGAGGCAGGGCUCCCUGCUGCAGCCCGGACUGGAAUACGCCCGCCUCAGAAGCUGCUGGCGGAGGCUGAGGCAGCGCCUCCACAGCGCCGGAGCAUCCCGUUCGCACUGGCCCGGGUUUGGGCACCUGCCGUGCGGUGCGAGCUCAGGGACAGGUCUGCGGGCAGCAGAGCGAGCGCUGAAGCCGGCGGAAAGGGCUUUGCCCAUGUGCCAGGCAGUGAUUUCGGGAAGAGAGCAAUAGGGUGAAUCCCUUUAGAGUUGCAAGGAAGGCGAGAUCUUGGGUUCCUCUUCGGUGGACGGACAGGGGACUCCCCAGGUUUGGUGUUGCACUUUCCUUCCCUCUCCCACCCGAGUGCGCUGAAAUCCACUCCCAACCUGCUUUGGGUGCCGGGGAUCCAGGCUGCUUAGCGGAAGGCAGCCUGCAAAUGGUCUAGCGGAGGCAGCGGCUGAGGCAAAGCCCAGAGCAAGAGAAUUUGAAAAAAGACUUCCUUUCCCUCUCUCAUGCUGAAGGAGAGGCAUUCGGGUUUCCCCAAAUGAGAAAGCCACAAGAAAUCAUGAAGUAGAAACUUUGGAAAGCUGCCACUGGAGAUGUUGCACAAAAACCUGGAAUCUUUUAGGAGUCUCCUCCCAGUCGGUGGACAUUUGGGGAGCAGCUGAUACAGCCAGGAGGGCUCUUGCAAGGAUUCAAGGGGCCCUGGAGGAGAGGCUCAGAGGGGGAGAGUGUGGCGAGAGAAUGAAGACACCAACCGCCCGGGAGAAGCAUGAGGUGGCAGAGCGGCACUCAGUUUAGAGGGCUCCGGCCGGCGGCGGCCCCAUGGACAACCCUGCUGGUGCUGGGCCUCCCCGGUUGGGUGUUGGCUGUCUCGGCCACGGCCGCUGCUGUGGUCCCUGAGCAGCAUGCGUCCUCAGCUGGCCAGCCGCCCCUGGACUGGCUGCUCACGGACCGGGGCCCCUUCCAUCGCGCUCAGGAGUACACUGACUUCGUGGAGCGGUACCGCCAGGGGUUCACCACCAGGUACAGGAUCUACAGGGAGUUUGCCCGUUGGAAAGUGAACAACUUGGCUCUGGAAAGGAGAGACUUCUUCAGUUUGCCACUGCCUCUUGCCCCAGAGUUUAUCCGAAAUAUCCGCCUCCUGGGAAGGAGACCCAACCUGCAACAGGUUACCGAAAACCUGAUCAAAAAGUACGGCACCCAUUUCCUACUUUCAGCCACCCUUGGAGGAGAAGAGUCUCUGACCAUUUUUGUGGACAAGCGGAAACUGAGCCGAAAGACAGAAGCAGCAGGAAGUGCCCCUACAGCUGGUGGCAGUGGGAACAGCUCAGCUGUGUCCCUGGAGACCCUGCAUCAGCUGGCAGCCUCCUACUUCAUCGACAGAGAGAGCACCCUGCGGCGGCUGCAUCAUAUCCAGAUAGCCACAGGGGCCAUCAAGGUCACGGAGACCAGGACCGGCCCUCUGGGCUGCAGCAACUACGACAAUCUGGACUCGGUCAGUUCAGUCCUGGUGCAAAGUCCGGAGAACAGAGUGCAGUUACUCGGCCUGCAGGUACUGCUGCCUGAGUACCUGCGUGAGCGCUUUGUGGCUGCAGCGCUGAGCUACAUUACAUGCAGCUCAGAGGGUGAGCUCAUCUGCAAGGAGAAUGACUGCUGGUGCCAGUGCAGUCCCACCUUCCCCGAGUGCAACUGUCCUGAUGCUGACAUCCAGGCCAUGGAGGACAGCCUGCUGCAGAUCCAGGACUCCUGGGCCACUCAUAACCGGCAGUUUGAGGAGUCAGAGGAAUUCCAAGCCCUGCUGAAAAGGCUGCCUGAGGACAGGUUCCUGAACUCCACAGCCAUCUCCCAGUUCUGGGCCAUGGAUGCUGGCCUCCAGCACCGCUACCAGCAGCUGGGAGCCAGCUUGAAAGUGUUGUUCAAGAAGAUGCAUCGGAUCGUCAGCCGGCUCUUCAACCUCUGCAAACGCUGCCACCGGCAGCCUCGCUUCCGUCUGCCCAAGGAACGGUCCUUGUCUUACUGGUGGAACCGAAUCCAGUCCUUCCUCUAUUGUGGAGAAAGCACCUUCCCUGGCACCUUCCUGGAGCAGAGCCACAGCUGCAGCUGCCCCUAUGAUCAAUCUUCCUGCCAGGGCCCCAUCCCAUGUGCCUUGGGUGAAGGGUCUGCCUGUGCCCACUGUGCCCGGGACAACAGUACACGCUGUGGGGGCUGCAAUCCAGGCUACGUGCUGAUCCAAGGGCUGUGCCGGCCAGAGGUGGCUGAGUCCCUUGAGAAUCUCCUGGGGCUGGAGACAGACCUGCAGGACCUGGAGUUGAAGUACCUGCUGCAGAAGUGGGACAGCCGCAUUGAGGUGCACUCCAUCUUCAUCAGCAAUGACAUGCGCCUGGGCAGCUGGUUUGACCCCUCCUGGAGGAAGCGCAUGCUGCUCACCCUGAAGAGCAACAAGUACAAGCCUGGGCUUGUGCAUGUGAUGCUGGCCCUGUCCCUGCAGAUCUGCCUCACCAAGAAUAGCACCUUGGAGCCCGUCAUGGCCAUCUACGUCAACCCCUUUGGAGGCAGCCAUUCUGAGAGCUGGUUCAUGCCCGUGAAUGAGGCCCACUUCCCUGUCUGGGAAAGGACUAACGUGGACGCGGCUGCCCAGUGCCAGAACUGGACAAUCACAUUGGGGAACAGGUGGAAGACCUUCUUUGAGACAGUCCAUGUUUACUUACGGAGCCGAAUCAAGUCCCUGGAUGACAGCUCCAAUGAGACUAUCUACUAUGAGCCCCUGGAGAUGACAGAUCCCUCCAAGAACUUGGGCUACAUGAAAAUCAACACCUUGCAGGUCUUCGGUUACAGCCUGCCCUUUGACCCAGACGCCAUACGGGACUUAAUCCUCCAGUUGGAUUACCCGUACACUCAAGGCUCCCAGGACUCUGCCCUCUUGCAGCUCAUAGAGCUUAGGGACCGGGUUAACCAGCUAUCUCCACCUGGCAAAGUCCGGCUGGACCUUUUCUCCUGCUUGCUCCGGCACCGGCUCAAACUGGCAAACAAUGAGGUGGGCAGGAUCCAGUCCUCCCUGAGGGCUUUCAAUUCCAAGCUGCCAAAUGCUGUGGAGUAUGAGACAGGCAAACUCUGUAGCUAAUGGGGAGGGGAGUCCACUUCAGUGCUGGACAGGAAGGGAAUCCAUGCAUCCAGGCACUCACCUUGGUGCCAACAAGGGGCUCCCUUGAGACUCUGCACCCAGCAGAUGGGACCUCGGGGAUUGGACUGACACAGACAGGAGAGAAAUAAGCAGUCACUGCACAUGCACACACCCCCCAUGUGUGCACAUGCAGACACACACACACACACACACACACACACACACACACGCUCCCUUGAGGAGGCUACAACUCAGCAGCCUCCUGUCUGUAAAGUCGGUGCUUUCUGAAAUGAAUGCAGUUGAAGGAGAUGAGCCAAGGGAGAGAUUAAGAAAAAGAACCAGCCAAACCAUGAAACAAACAAAUCCUUAAAAGUGAUUCUUAUCAUUCAAGGAAGCAAGAGGGGCAAAGAGGAAGGGUGGAGCUCCUGUUCUCUCAGUGGAGUCACUUUUGUAUUCUUUUUAACCAGUUUUCUUGAAACAACGGUGUUUCGUGAUUCCCACAAUGGCUCCUACUUUUUGUACUCUGACUCCUCUGAGCCCUCCUAGAUGCUGACUGCUCCCCAAGGCGGCUCCUUUAAGAAACAGAGGAAGUGACAUCAACUGAGGACUCUCAGGGUGGGCAGGUGGCCUUGCUCCCACUUCACCUUUCUUCCUCCCCCUGGUCCCCUAGCUUCCUGGACUACCCCAGUUUGGGGGCUGGGCUUGUUCCCCGCCCCAUCCUCCCCGCCCCUGGUUCAGCCAGAGCUCCCUUCCUAUAGCCCCCAAUCUGUCCAAGAAAGCAGCUGUCCAGUUAGAGAGACAAUGUCUAGGAAAAUGUUCUUUUUUAAAAACAAAAACAAAAAUAUUUAUUUUGUGAUUGUUUUCCUUGUCAAUCUGCUCCAGCCACAUGAACAUAUGAGUAAAAAAAAUAAUUGAUUUAAUAUAUAUUUUUAAAGACCUUUAUUAGGGGGGAAAUGAGAGGGAAAAGAGGCAAAAAGAGUAUAGUUUCCUGGAUUUUGUAUUGCUCUAUGGGUGACAUGUGGGUGUCCUUAGAUGGUAAAUAUUGCUGUGUGGGAGGCUGGUUGGCUAGUAUAUACACAAGUGAAUGCAUGCCUGUCUUGACUGGGUAUGAGGUGUGUGUGUGUGUGUGUGUGUGUGUGUGUGUGUGUGUGUGAGAGAGAGAGAGAGAGAGAGAGAGAGAGAGAGAGAGAGAGAGAGAGAGAGAGAGAGAAUAAAGAUUGGAAUGAGAUGGAGGCAGAAUUCUCCCAGGUAACUAUGUAGCUGCCCCUCUCCUUUUUCCCAUGAGUGAGGACUAACACGUUCCUAACCUAUCAGGAGAAUGAAAGUCUUCGCUCUUUAGGGGAACUGCAGCCUUUAUGCUGGGCCAAUGCUGGCUAAAUGGGGCACCUCUGACUGCUGCAGACAUCAGGAGAAUUUCCACACUCCGCAACUUAGUCUGGGACCGCCCUUUGAGGACACUGGGAAAGAUGCAGACGUGGCAUGAGUUUCCUCCUUCUGUCUGGUCACCACCUUCCCAGCCUGAAAAGCAGGUUUGACAUACACCACACAGGGCAGUGUCUCUUCUCCCCUUAGUGCCUUCCCUAGGUGGUAUGGGAAUCUCUUCACAGCAAAUCUUUUUUGAAAAACUAUGUCUCUCUAUCUGUUCUCCACAUGCCCUGAGCACAAUGUGUAGGCAUAACAGCCUCCAUUUUAUUCAAGCAGAAGUCACCACAUAAAUACUAAGUACCUCAUUCUGUACCUGUGGUACAUCUCAGUUAAUAAGAAAUGAACUGGGAGACAAUGAGAGGAUGGCCAUGUCCAUCUGCCCAAGAGCGUCCAUGUUUGUCAUUACAUACAGAAGAGUCCAGCAUUAUAUUUAAUCCCUGAACCAUCUCUCAGUUCACAAGGACCUGAAAUCCCAGGUAGAUAAGGAGCCUAGGGCAUUUCUUCUCUCACAUCUCCCUAAAGUCUACUAGGGUAGGAAUGCAGAGUGAUGGAUGAACUAGGGACAGUUAUUACCUAUUUCUAGUUCAGCCACUGCUGUCAUGAAGUGGGAGGGUGUGUCUCUAGCUCUUUGUCAAUAGGGCUAUGGAUGUACCAAGACUGCUUCUAGAAGGCAGAUGGAAGAAAAGGAUGAAAUAAAGAAUGGACAGGAUUCCUUAAGGGGCUAUUAAAGGCUUUAAACCAUGAAUUCAGCAUAAAAUUUCUCAAAAAGCUCGCCUAAGAAAUGCCAUAAUAAUAAAAGGAUGCCCCUGGUCAAAUUUUUCACUUUCAAAGUCUAUAGUACAAAGAUAAUAUGAACCAACUAUUCCCAGAUAUACUCACAAAUAAAGAAUUGUCACUAAUUAGUAGUGGGUUGUCAAUGUUGGUGAACUCCCUGUGGAAUUAAGAGCCAAAUCACGGUUCAGUUACUGGCUGUAACAAUCAGGAAUUCAAGCCUUAAUUGUCACUCAAAAGAACUAAUACAUCAAAUGUAAUCUGUCCUAAUGCUUGAGACUAAUACCUCUAAUACUAAAUAAUGUAUUUAAUACCUGCUGCUAAUAAUAUAAUACCAUGAUCUGCAGGCCUAUUCACGCACACACAGCCAAAAACAUAAAUGAAGACUGUUCAAAUACUUGGUAUCACAAAUAAUUCACAUACAGUUCUUGGCUUCUUUUCACAAAUAUGAAAAUAAUCUUCACGUUGGGCAGAGCCGCCUUAUGUGUAGAUGGAAUGCAUUGCUAAACGAUGUCCUGCCCCCAAAUAUCAUUGGCAAAGUCUGUAAUUUCAUCAUGUAAGUCUGUUCUCUUGCACAAGAGAGAUCUUUUUUAUACCAUUAUGUUUCAUAUGAAAAUGAAAAUGCCCUUAGGAGGAAAUAAAUCUUAGAAGGUAACCCACUAGCAAAAGAGAGGGUGCAAUUUUUGGAGUUGGAAGGUUUUUAGAGGUCAUUCAGUCAACUCAUUUCUGAUGUAAGGAAGAAGAGGUGAAAGAACUUGCCCAAGGUUGUAUAUGUUAGCAGAGCUGGGAAUAGCACUGAACCUGCUUUUUUCUCUACCUCUCUCUCUAGUAAAUGACAUCUGGGUCUUGGGAGAUGACAGGCACCCUGUGUGGGGCUUAGGAGUGUGAGGGUGGAGGAAAGGUGACUUUCCAGAAGAGGAGGACUACAUAGAGGUGGGAAUAGCUUCCCAUCUUUCCCUGGGAUUGGUUCUAGCAAAAGUUACCAGCUUCUCUAACAGGCAAUAGAAAAAGACUGAAGUUUCUUCCGGGACAAGCUUUCAGCACAGCCUAGACACAUUUCCAUCCAGGUUGGAUCACCUUACUGGACUCCUGAUGACCCUAUCAGCUAGAUGUUUUUUAUUUACAACAUCCUGCCUCUAAUUUAUUGAUGUUUUCUAUAGAUCACCAAUCAGAGUUUGAAUAGCUUUACAAAUCUGUGUAACAUCUUUCUUGUGAAGGCUAGAGGCAUCUGGGUACCACCAAUACCAAAGGGCUUAGGCAGUGCAGUCAGCAUGUGAAGUGUAUGACCGGAAUCUAGGCCAUGGCAGAGAAAGAGAAUGAAGCAAGCUCUGCUGUGCACUGAGUUCUCACUCCUCCUAGCAGUAGAAUGAGAAUAUUGACCAAUGGAUACAAAGCUAUCUAUGGCUGGAACUCCUGGCCUAGAAGGACAGGUGGAAAAUUCAGAUAGUGUGAUUGACUGUAGACCCACACUUUUCUUCUUGUUCUGCCUUCAACCAUCUCCACACCCAUGAGCAAAUCACUUCACUUCUCCCAAUUUCUCCUCUGAGUAUGAGGGAGUUGGAUUUCCUACUCAGGUAGUGGGGUAGGAAAUAGUACCUUCUGGUACUAUCCUUUUAAAAGCAGUGUGACCCAGGAGACAACCCGAGAAGUCAGACAGAUCUGGAUUUGUAUAGUGGCUCCACAUUUAUAUUUAAGUGACCUUAAUUCUUGACUUGUCCCCUUAUCUGUAACCCAACUAUUUCAUGCCCACUUCCAUGAGAUUUUUCUUUUCUUUCUUUCUGAACACUCACCUCUCUGCUCUAUAGACUUUUGCUCUAUACUCUCCAAUGUCCACAACACAUGUAUUAUCUUCAGUUCUCCAAAUAUCAAGCCUGUUUCUUCUCUUUCUCAUAUCCUCCUUUUCUUUAUUCAUGUUUUAAGAGCUAGGCAUUAGGCUCAAGUGCAGGGUAUUGAAAACUCUUUGAAACAUGCUUCCGGGCCAUGGAGAUUUGGACAAUAUAAUGUGUGUGUGGGGGGGGGGGGGGGGAGUUGCAUACACAAAUCAGAGCGGUGCAUUCUCUAGGAGAGAUGUACAAAAUUCUGAUGAUGCACAGAAAAGUCACUCCCUGGAAGAGACAAUAACGACACUUACUGUGAAUCUCCUAGAACUAUGGGAGAAAUACCCCCGGUGUCCAGAUGUUUUACAUCUCAAUGGAGGGAAAGACCUAAUAUAUAACAUGUGUGUCCUUUUUAGAGAGCAGAAAAGUUCAAGGAUGGCAGCAGAACCCUACUGAAGUCACACGUGUCUAGUUGGUGCCCUUAUUUCUAACUCCUGAACCCCAUGUCAGCACCAAGGCAUUCAGUCUAAGGCAUGCUCAAGGGAGCUGCCAUGGGAGGUCUGUUUAGUAGCAGAGCUGCCUCACCCUAUUGAGGGUACAAUGGUCUCAAAAGAGUGAUUCCUGACUUAAAGGGUGCAUACAUCUGCAGAUUCUGAUUCAACAGGUCUGGGUGGGGCCCCAGAUUCUGCACGUCUAACAAGUUCCCAAGUGAUGCUAUUGCUGCUGGUACGUGGACCACAUUUUCAGAAGUAAGUUUCUUAGGGAGUCUGCCUGUUAUCUUCCUGCAGCAUCAGCACUCUAAACCAGGAGCCUCCCAGGAGCACGGGGGCUGAGAAACAGAAAGGUUAAUCAUGUCUGGCUAGGAGGUGAGGACCUCAUUUAUGAAAAUCUUGGUGCUCUACUGGCCUUUCAUCUUUCAACCAGUUAGGAACCAGGUGACUGACCUCUAUGUACUAGUAGGGUAAAAAAAAAAAAAAAAAAAAAAAAAAAAAAAAAAAAAAAACACAGAGAAGGGAGAAAAGAAAGGAAACAACCAAAUCAAAAUUCUGUGGGCUGAGAGCUAGCUUGCUUAUGAAUGCGUUUGCAGCACAGCAGUCCUACAGACCGGCUGAAUCAUGCUGAUGGAGUAAAAGGUCUUUUUCCCUAAGCCUAUCAGAGUAAAUCUGUUCAGAAGUGGGAGAGGGAGUACCUGCCAGUCUGUGGAAACACACAUCAGAGAAGACGAUUAAAUUUAUACAGCAAUGUGCAAGCACCCAGAGGCCCCAGACUUCAGACUGCACCCCCAGGCACCUCAUCUAAGAAAUAAAAUGAAUCACUUUUGUUUUCAGCUCUGUCCUCCUCCCCUUCAGCCUGUAUGAUUACUACUACCCUUGCAUCAUUAAUAAAAAUAGCCUCCAGAAUUUAUGGAGGGUCAUUCUUCCAAGGAUCUCGGAACUUGGAGGAAUGAAUCAAUCAAUGUUAUUUAUUGAGCAUUUUCAGCCAGUAGAUGUGAGGAAUAAAGCAAACAUGUAUUUAGUAGGCACACUCUCUUAAUUCAAUUUUUUUGCAGAUGACUAAAAAGUGAAACUUGAGUAGGGGAGAAGCUGUACAGCUAAGUGAAAACAGAAGCUGGACUUAGAAUGCUUUAUGCAGUCAGACUGCCUUGGUUCAAAUCCCGUCUCUGUCAUUUACACAUUGUGAGAAACAAGAUAUGUCAUCAAAUCUUUUUCAGCCGCAGUCUGCACAUCUGUGUAAGAGGGACAAUAGCAGUGUGCAUAGCAUAGGAUGUUGUGAUGGUCAAAUAAGGAAAGACAUGUGAAGGACCUUGACAGGCUCACAGUACAUGCUCAGUAAGUGUGGGUUGUUUUUAAUGCAUUAGAUACUUUCUAUGUUUGGGGAAAAGGAAAGGGAGGGGAAGGAAGGAGAAGCAAAGGAAAGCAAAGGAAAAGCAAAGAAAUAUCCAUGUUAUUCACUUGCUGAAGCAAACCUCUUCCUGGUAACAAAGAGACAUUUAUCGCCUGGGCCAUUACAGAAGGGUCACUGGAUAAUAUAAUGGAAAAGGUCUUCAAUUACAAUAUUGGCAGACUUAGAUAAGCCAUUCAAAUGGAUAUUUUUAUAUAGACCCUCUAUAAAAGCAGAGAAUAAAAUAUUAUAACAUCACUCCUCACCAAAAUGCCCCGUGGCUGGCUGGGACUUGUGGCCCAAGUACAUUGUUUCUGAUGAUGUAACUUAUUACUGUGAUCGAGCCUGGAGUACCUAAGCCAAUGGUUAGUUAAUGUGUCCAUUAGACUGUCUCUUUCCAAUAGCGCAUAUUAAGUGCACUUUUAGCAAAUUCCAGAUUGCAGUCAAUUCCUGGUUGAAUUCUUUGAUGGGGAGCCAGGGUGUAGUACUGCCAUACAUUUUUUAUCAAUAGAUACAGACAUGAGGGAGGCAGAGUUUUUAUUCCAGUUGCUUGUAUUGGAAGUAUAGGACUUGGGUAGGCAGAAAGGUGGAGAAAAUGUUCUAAAAAGAGCAUAUGUCUGGGCACAUAGUCGAGGACAUGAUGAUGGUUCAGCUUAAUGUUCACAUUCUAAAUCUAGCCUUCUUCCUGGGUCAAUGCCCUUCACUUUCUUUAUUCCUUCUUUAUCAAAUAGCUUUAUUAAGAUUCAUAUACUAUGAAGUUCACCCUUACUUUAAAGUGUACAAUUCAGUCAUUUUUAUUCAAAAGGGUGUGCAUCGAUCACCACUAUCUAAUUCCAGAACAUUUACAUCUCCCAAGAAAGAAACCCUAUGCCCAUUAGCAAUCUCUCUGCAUUCCUCCCUAACUCCCAGUCCUUGGCAACUGCUAAUCUAUUUGAUGUCUCUAUGGAGAGGCCUAUUUUGAACCUUUUAUAUAAGUGUGAUCAUACAAUAUAUAUGACGCAUAAACAUCAUAUGAUUUACAAAUACAAAUAUUUUCUCCCACUAUGUGGAUUUCCUUUUUUUCACUUACUUGAUAGUGUCUUUUUAAGCAUAACAGUUUAAAUUUUUGAUCAAGUCUAUUUUUUUCUUUUGCUGCUUACUUUUGGUGUCCUAUCUACACAUCUCCUGCCUAAACUAACAUCACUUAGAUUCAUGCCUAUGUUAUUUUCUAAGAAGGAAAUAUUUUAGAAACGCAAAAGAAAGAAACUUUAAGAAGAAAGUUUAAAGAAGAGUUUUUAAAAAGGUUUAAGAGUCCCAGCUUUUACAUUUAGGCCUCUGAUACAUUUUGAGUUAAAUUUUGUGCAUGGCGUGAGACAGGGGUCCAACUUCAUUCUUUUGCAUGUGGAUAUCCAGUUGUUCCAGUACAUUGGUUGAAAAGACUUUUCUUCCCCCAAGGAAUUGUCUUGGCACAUGUAUCAAAAACUAAUUGACCAUAAUUGUAUGGCUUGAUAUCUGUACUCUCAUUUUGACUUGAUGUAUCCAUAUGUCUCUCAUUAUGACAAUACCUCUCUGUAUUUUUCACUUAGCUUUGUAAUAAGUUUUAAAAUCAGGAAAUAUAUAUCUUCCAACUUUUUUUUCCUUAUCAAGAUGUUAUGGCUAUUCUGGGCCUCUUGUAUUUGCAUAUGAAUAUAAAGUUCAGCUUGCCAUUUUCUGCACACAAAAAGACAUCUGGGACUUGAUAGGGAUUGUGUUGAAUCUGUACAUCAAUUUGGGGAGUACUGCCAUCAUAAUCAUGUCUUUUGAUCCAUCAACAUGGAACAUCUUUCCAUUCAAAUCUUUAAUUUCUUUUAAUGGUAUUUUGUAGUUUUUGGCCUUAAAAGUCUCACACUACUUUUGCUAAAUUCAUUUAUAAGUAUUUUAUUAUUUUUAUGUUAUUAUAAAUGGAAUUAUUUCCUUAAUUU